UUUUAAAUUAUUGUCAUACAAUUUUGUAAGUUGGUAACACUGUGGAUUGUUCUUUCUUCCAGAAUCAAAAAAGUGUGACGAGCGUUUAUUUUAAUAAAUCUAUAAAAUAAAUAACCAGAAAAAUGUCGACGCUAGCAGCACCUUUGUCCGUUGCGGGGACGAGACAUUCUGGAGCCCCAGUUAGAACUCAAAAUGUGAUGGCAGCCGCAGCAAUAGCAAACAUUGUAAAAAGUUCCCUUGGACCAGUGGGAUUAGACAAAAUGCUUGUUGAUGAUAUUGGAGAUGUCACAGUAACAAAUGAUGGUGCUACUAUUCUUAAGAUGUUAGAAGUUGAACACCCAGCGGCUAAAGUGUUAGUUGAACUGGCUCAAUUACAAGAUGAAGAGGUUGGAGAUGGAACUACAUCAGUUGUUAUUAUUGCUGCUGAAUUACUGAAGAAUGCAGAUGAACUGGUGAAGAACAAGAUUCAUCCGACCAGCAUCAUCUCAGGUUAUAGGCUUGCGUGCAAAGAGGCCGUAAAAUACAUCCAGGACAACUUGACUGUCACUGUUGAGUCUCUCGGCAGACCAUCUAUCAUCAAUGCUGCCAAAACUACAAUGUCUUCUAAGUUGAUUGGAGCUGAUGCAGAUUUCUUCUCAGAGAUGGUAGUGGAUGCAGCUCAAGCCAUCAAAGUCACAGAUUCAAAAGGCAAUGGAGUAUACCCAAUCAAGGCUGUUAACAUUCUCAAAGCUCAUGGACGUAGUGCUAGGGAAAGUGUAUUAAUCAAAGGGUAUGCAUUGAACUGCACAGUUGCCUCUCAAGCCAUGCCUAAGAAGAUUACUAAUGCUAAGAUUGCUUGUCUCGAUUUCUCACUGCAAAAGACUAAGAUGAAGCUUGGCGUUCAGGUACUCGUCUCUGAUCCUGAAAAGUUAGAGGCCAUCCGUGCUCGUGAAUUAGACAUCACAAAGGAACGCCUACAAAAAAUCCUUGCUACAGGAGUCAAUGUUAUCCUCUGCUCUGGUGGUAUUGAUGACUUGUGUCUCAAAUACUUUGUUGAAGCUGGAGCUAUGGGUGUAAGACGGUGCAAGAAAGCCGAUCUGAAGAGAAUUGCGAAGGCGACAGGAGCAACCUUCUUAACUUCUUUGACUAAUAUGGAUGGUGAAGAAGUGUUUGAAGCAAGCAUGAUUGGUGAAGCUGCAGAAGUAGUCCAAGAACAAAUAUGCGACGAUCAGCUCAUCUUAAUCAAAGGGCCAUCAGCAAGAACGGCGGCUUCCAUAAUUCUCCGCGGUCCUACCGACGCUUACUGCGAUGAAAUGGAGCGCUCCGCACACGACGCCCUCUGUGCCGUUCGCAGGGUUCUAGAGUCUGGUAGACUCACGCCUGGAGGUGGAGCCGUUGAAGCUGCACUCUCUAUUUACCUCGACAAUUUUGCUACUACUUUGAGCUCCCGCGAGCAGCUCGCGAUUGCGGCGUUUGCGCAGUCGCUGCUGGUGAUCCCCAAGACAUUAGCGGUUAACGCGGCGCGCGACGCUACCGACUUGGUGGCCAAACUGCGCGCCUAUCACAACUCCUCGCAGACCAAGGUCGAACAUGCUAACCUCAAAUGGGUUGGUCUAGAUCUAAACGAAGGCGUUUUACGCGACAACCUCGCAGCUGGCGUGCUCGAACCCGCAAUAUCUAAGAUCAAGUCACUAAAGUUCGCAACUGAGGCCGCGAUUACGAUCUUACGUAUUGAUGACAUGAUCAAACUAGACCCAGAACAGAAGGGCAAAUCUUACGAAGACGCAUGUAAUGCUGGAGAACUAGACUAGUGUAUGAAAUAGUGAUCACAAGUGCUUCAUUUCCAAGUAUUAAAAACUACACAAAUAUAUAACUGCUACUCUGAGUGGUAUAAAACAGGGUGUACACAGCGAAAAUCUAAAUUAUACCAGUACACAUAUUUUGAGCCUUGAUUUUUCACAAACUAAUUUCAUCAUUUGAGAGAUGAUGAGUUCUCUUAUUAUAUUUAUAUGUUGUUAGCAGAUACGCUUUGUUAAAUACUUAGCUAUUUAAUUUCAAAAUAAGAUUGCUUGAGAGAUAUUUGCUAAUAUACAAUGAGUAUUGAUUGUGUUUGUGAUGUUUAAAUUAUUGUCAUGCAAAUUUUGUCUAUUCAACUAAAUAAACU